CCGAAAAAACCCAGAGCACAGGAAGGGGAGAGGAAACACGUAGAGAGCCUGGCGGAGAGACGCCUGCCCGCAGCUGCAGCUCGAAGGAGCGAGCGCUGCCUUCUGGAGGAGCCGGAGCUCCAUUGUUCCCAAAGAGCGGCUUGUUUCUGCGCUUUUCCCUGGCUCAGGAGGAGGAGGGAGCCCCCCAUGCUAAGCUCAGGGACAAUGGAGGAAUUCGUGACCGAAGAGGAAGAGCCGUGGUACGACCAGCAGGACCUGGAGCAGGACCUCCACUUGGCAGCAGAGCUGGGAAAGACUCUGCUGGAGAGGAACAAAGAGCUGGAGGAUUCCCUGCAGCAGAUGUACAUCACUAAUGAAGAGCAAGUGCAAGAGAUCGAGUACCUGUCGAAGCAGCUGGAGGUUCUCCGGGACAUGAACGAGCAGCAUGCCAAAGUGUACGAGCAGCUGGAUGGGACUGCCAGAGAGCUGGAACGCACCAACCACACGCUGGUGAUGGACAGCAAGAGCUCACAACAGAAGAUAGAGGGGUUAACAGCAACCAUUGAGACUUUGCAGAACCAGGUGGAGUCUCUCUCAGGGCAGGUGGACCAGCUUCGCUCCAUGGAGCAGCUCAGAGUCAGGAGAGAGAAGAGGGAACGACGCAAGACCAUCCACUCCUUCCCUUGCCUGAGGGAGCUUUGCACAGCACCCAGGUAUGAGGAUGAGUUUGUCGUGGGCAGGGCUGAGAGCUUUACUGUGGAUGCAAAGCGUCCACCGUUUGAAGAGGAGAACCAGCAUCUGAGGGAGGCGGUGUCUGCGCUACGAGCGGCCGCCCGGACUGAGAGAGGUCGAAGGGAAGGGGUGGAGAGAGAGUGCAACCUCCUUCUUGCAGAGUUCUCCCGCCUGCAGACACGGGUGCAGGAUGCUGAGAGCUGCCAGGCGAGGGUACGGGAGUUGGAAGUGGAACUACAGGAGCUGCAGCAGUUACGUCGUGCUCGGACUUUCCUGCUGAGCAGCGAGGACGACGGCGUGACUCUUACCCAGACUGUCCUCAAUAGCACCCCAGAGACUGACACCUUCCUGGAAGUUGAAGUCGGGGAGACAGGAGGAGGAGUGAGGGAGGAGAAUGAAGGCGGAGGAGGUGUGGGAGGGGAAGCCCUUCCCGAGUCCAGCCCUGUGAGGAAAAGCUGCAGCGACACUGCGCUCAACGCCAUCGUCGCCCGUGAUGCAUCCGGCCGCAGGAGAGGCAGCUAUGCGCUUCACGCAAACAGUGUGAGGAAGAGAGGGAUGUCCAUCCUGAGGGAGGUGGACGAGCAGUACCACGCCUUACUGGAGAAAUAUGAGGAGUUGUUAGGGAAGUGUAGGCGUCACGAGGAGAGCCUGUGUCACGCCGGUGUCCAGACUUCCAGACCCGUCUCCCGAGACCCGUCCAUGAAAGACUGUGCCAUGGGUCCCACCCCAGCGCCUCCCCCUACCCCCACCCAGUCACCCUCCACCCCUGAGGCUAUUGAGAGCAUCAGCAAGCAGGUGGAGGCGGUGGAUAAGAGGCUGGGACAGAACACUCCAGAGUACAAAGCCCUUUUCAAAGAAAUCUUCUCUCGUAUCCAGAAGACCAAGAUGGACAUCAAAGCUACCAAAGCGGCUAAAGCCAGCAAAUCUGGCAAAUCUGGCAAAUCUGGCAAGUCUAGUAAACACUAAUGGUACAUUAAUUUGCUUUAGAUCAGUGGUUCCCAACAGGUUCAGUCACGGGGUCCAAAUUUCUCCUUAGUCAAGGUCUAUGCAUAAAUGAGCACCUGUUCAGUUUUAUUUUACAUAAUGUAACAUCAUGUUGGUUUAGAACACAGAGAAAUAAAACAUAUUGCAAUAAUUAACAGAAAUGGCACUUCAAAAUAAAAGCUCAGUGCCAGAAAUUCACUUUACUUCAAAAUAAAGUGUUUUUUUUUUUAUAUACAACCUUGACAUGUUCACCAGUUACUUGUGGACCUUUCAGAAUGAAUCUGUGACCCACUUUUGCACCACGACCCACCAGUUGGAAACCACUGCUCUCGAGAAGAUGAUAAUGUGCGAUUUCAGUGCUUGUGUUUGUGAACAGGGGCUUGGAUAUAACAUUCUUAUAAAGGGUGCUAGUUCAAAACACGUACAGUUCAGUUCAGUUGAGGUCAAAUUCGGUUUCAUUCAGAACUACACAAGAAUCUGGUAUGCAUGUUAUCAAUUUUAAAACUUUGCAAAAUUCAGACAUAUAUAUAUGUAUAAGAAACAUGAAUGAAUUUGUUAAGAUUGAGCCGCCCUUAAUUUUCUUUUUUUCUGUGUUCCGACUAAAUACUUACUGGCUUCACUGCCUGACUACAUUGGGCACGAUAACACAAUAACUGCAGUAUGCCUCUCAUGAGCCUCACAAGUGCACUACAUGUUGAAGCUUCACAAAAUAACACUAGAAUAUUGCAUCUCUUAUGAAAACAUGGGCAGAAAUCUAAUAUUAACAUGAGCUGUACCUGUUACUAUAAUGAACCCUACUAACAUUUUUAGGCUAUAAGCUAAUUACAGCACGAAAGACAGAUUGCUCCUCUCACAGUGCUGUCAGUCUCAGAUGGACUUGAGGUGCUAAUAAUUCUCUCAUCUCAUAUAUCUCCAUAAAAUGAACACUGUUCAAAGUUUAAAUAAGCCUUUAGUGUGGACAACUUUGCCACUCUCUUGCACCGUUCUCUGUGUGGGACUUUACAAUAGCUUUUUUAAAGUCUGUGGUGCCUCGGAGCUUUUAUAUAGAGAUUAUGAGGACUGAUUUUCUUCCCGACAGUUCGACAAAAAAAAUUAAGCCCACUUUCAUGUUUGCGCUCUACAUAUGAAGCUACAGCCAGGAAACAGUUAGCCUAUAGCUUAGCAUAAAGACUAGAAAUAGCUAGCCUGGCUUUGUUGACAAUUUUUUCAAGGGUAUGCCCCACAUGAUUUCUUUGCCAAGAGCAAAAACCACAAGCUGUUUUUACAUUGUUUUUUUUUUAAUGGAUUAAUAAUAAAAUGUGUUAAUUAGCAAGCAUUACAUUAGAUUUAGAUGAAGUCAGACCUAGCUGUUUAUCCAUGUUUUCAGCAAUUAGCUAAGUAAGCUAAGUGACUGCUGGCUGUAGCCAUUUGAGGAAAGCAAAUAAGUGUACUUCCCAAAAUGUUUAACUAUUUUGAUCUAGUGUUGAUUAUGUUAACACUUGUGCUUACCUUAAAAGUGUUCUGAUGCCACUGAAGUUUAAGUGAAGAAGAUAUGCUUACUAUAGGAAAGAAAUCCAGACUCAAGACUUAAUUUAAAUUGAUAAAAUUAUUAACUUCUCCCUUCACUGUGUUAAAGUCACUUCAACUCUGUUAUGACUUAUGAAGUACAUCUUCACCUGGACUACAUCAGCCCACUGGGGUAACAAUAAAGUAGCUCUCACAGAGAGGAAGUUAUUUUUAUUUAUAGUAGUGAGUGAUAUAUACAGUAUAGGGCUAUAGUUUGGAUAGUUAAACCUGUUGUGUUUUGAAUGUGUAGAAGUGAUGAUCCCACUAAAUGCUAAAAAAGCUGCUGUCUUGCAAAAGACAAUCCCUGCAGAUUGUUAUUUUCACUAUUUCCUGGGCAUUAUGGACACUCAUCAUACAGAAUAUAAAAACAAUGAGUUUUGCACCAUAUACAGUAUAACCAUUAUUUGGUUUUGGGGGAAACUGUUUUUGUUUCGACAUGUAACAGAGCAGGCAAUGAAAAUUGCAAAAUGACAGGAAUGAUAUCUCUUGAUUGCCGUUGGGAUUGUAAAUAAGAGGCCAUUGACUGAGGACAGCGUGGGGAUGUAGAUCCUUUGUAAAGAAAAUGGUCUAGUGGUGAAAACUUAUACGAGAAUUCUUAGGAGCUUUUUUUAUACAAGUGUUGAGACUAUUUUCCUUUAAUUAUAGCUGACACACUCUAUAGUCGAACUGUAACCAGUAUAAGGCUUCAAACCAGGGCUUUGUCUAAUACCUAGCAGUCUUACCAAACUAUAAAACUAACCUGCAAACAUAUUGCACCUUUUUCACUAUAUACAAUACAUAUGCCUUUUUCUGGGUAACCUCCUAUGUAUCAACCUUUGUUAUAAUGAAUGUUAUUACAGCUAAAUUUAUAUUGGAUUCUUCAGCAAAGUUGAAGACAUAGCAAAGCUUGAAACCUUUCACAUGUGGCACAGCUGACACCUGAGGGACCCUGCACUCAUGCUUGUGGCUAAUUUGUGUGUAUAAAAAGAGCAAAGGAUGGAUGUUAGCCUGCAUACUGGUACUGAAAUCAGAAAGGGAUCUUGUUAUUCCUUGUUAUGAUGAAAUAAAGGUUAAGUGAUUGUUGCUGCAGUUACGUCGAUGGUGAAUGAGGUGGUGUUUAGGUCAAUGCUCAUGUCUUUUUGAAUAAUGCGAGCAUAACGGAGGGAGGAGAAUAUGUGUUAGCGUAGACAAAACAAUGCCAAACCAGAGCCUGUUAUCAUUUUUUAAAGGCUCAUGAGGUUUCUGUACUGUAAUGUCUUACCUAUUGCACUUGAAAAUGUUUGACGCCUCAUCUUUUGCAUAUUUAGGAUAGCUAAUAUGAAAUUGUACCCGACUGUGUAUUUAUUUGUGUGUGAAUGUUUUUUUGUUUUUUUACUUUUUCAGUGCCUAUAUGUGAAUGUCACUAACAAAUUGUCAGAAUAAACCUAUUUAAUUUACUAUUAUUAUUCAGUUUAAAUGUGUGUAUUAUUGGUUAAGAUAUUGGCAUUAAUGUCUGCUCUUAGUUCAUAUCAUAAAUGAACUAAGACCUACUUUACCCUGUUAAUAAAGCAUCAAAUGUA